GCUCUCCAAUCCCUAUUCACUCCAAUCGCAGCUUCUUCGUCGAGCUUAGCGUUCGCCGUCUGGUUUACCUUUGCUCAUCCGCGCUUCUGCUGCCGUCCAUCAUCGUGCUUGUUGCCUAGUCGCCGUCGUCCAUCGUGCUUAACCAUUUUCUCUCAUACUCUGCCCAGAUUGCUCAAAUCGAAGAAGGUGAAUUGUGAGGCGGGGUCUCAUUGUGCCAGCAGAAGUACCAAUGGUCAAGUCAAUUUCAGUGGCAACUUGAAUGAAUAUUCCACAAGAACUUAUGAAACAUCGUGCGCUACAUCGCUUGACAAUCAGCCAAAGGAUAACUCUGUUUCUGAUAUGCUAGUAGAUUCAUUUGGACGGUUGCACACUUACUUGAGAAUAUCGUUAACAGAACGAUGCAAUUUACGGUGUCAGUAUUGUAUGCCAGCAGACGGCGUGGAGCUAACUCCUAACGCUCAGCUUUUGACAAAUGCUGAGAUUUUGCGACUGGCAAAUCUCUUUGUAAGUUCCGGGGUAAAUAAAAUACGGUUGACUGGUGGGGAACCAACUGUAAGAAAGGAUAUUGAAGAUAUAUGCAUGGGGUUGUCAAAAUUGAAGGGACUGGAGACAUUGACCAUGACUACAAAUGGUAUCACCCUAGCAAGAAAACUUCCAAGGCUGAAAGGAUGUGGCCUUACUUCUGUGAACAUUAGUUUGGACACAUUGGUACCUGCAAAGUUUGAGUUUAUGACAAGACAGAAAGGGCGAAAAGUAAUGAAUUCAAUUAAUGCUGCUGUGGACCUUGGUUAUAAUCCUGUUAAGGUCAAUUGUGUUGUAAUGCGUGGAUUUAAUGAUGAUGAAAUAUGUGACUUUGUUGAUCUGACAAGAGAAAAGCCUAUUAAUGUUCGUUUUAUAGAAUUCAUGCCAUUUGAUGGAAAUGUUUGGAAUUUCAAGAAGCUUGUACCCUACUCAGAAAUGAUGGAUAGAGUGAUAAAACAUGUUCCUUCCAUAAAGAGACUUCAGGAUCACCCAACAGAUACAGCCAAGAAUUUCACAAUAGAUGGACAUCAAGGUAGAGUUUCAUUUAUCACAUCAAUGACGGAGCAUUUUUGUGCUGGUUGCAAUAGAUUGCGAAUACUAGCAGAUGGAAACUUCAAAGUGUGUCUAUUUGGUCCUUCAGAGGUUAGCUUAAGGGAUCCCUUGCGACAUGGUGCAGAGGAUGAUGAGCUUAGGGAGAUAAUAGCAGCAGUGGUGAAGAGGAAGAAAGCUUCGCAUGCUGGAAUGUUUGACCUUGCAAAGACAGUAAAUAGGCCUAUGAUACAUAUUGGCGGAUGAAGUCUUGUCAUCUUCUCUUCCCCACUUCCUUAACUCCAUAAAGUUAGGGUUUGCUUGGUGAUAAUGUUAUCUUUUUUUAGGAAUUUGCAAAAGAAAAAGUAUAUCAUGAAAAUGAACACAAUAUUCACUCUUGUUUUUACAAAAUUAUGAAAACAGAGAACACUGAAUGAAAGCACAAACCAAAUAUGCCCUUAUGUGUUCAUUCUCUUAGGUGUGUUUGUGAGAUGGGGUUUUAAAGGGAAAGUGGUGAAAGUAAGAGUUUGAAGAGUAAUUAUAAGUCAAUUUGUCUAUUCAAAUCUUUCUUUGCCUUCCUCUCCUUGUAAAGCUUCAACCGCAUUAUUAGAGCUGUAGUUAAUCGAAGUACCUCAUUGUGUCUAAGUUUAGGUGUCGUGUGUCUUUCAAAAUUUGCCCCAGCCAGAAGAAGGUCCUGAUCGUUCUCCUUAUGGAGUGAUACAGUUUUGUCUAUUUACUUUAGCAUAUAUAUGGUCAAAUGUUUUUCGGCCUACAUUUUCAGA